GAAGCUGCCAAAGGAACACCCUCCACAAACCAUCAACAGGCUCUCGGGCUGAUCAUAAGAAACUUUUUUGCACACAUUGUGUUAAUUGUGAGAUGGAUUUUCCAGGUUCAACAGCAUUUAAUGGAGAGCAUAGACGCAGACUCUCACAACGUAUUUUUCUAAGUUGUGCUUGUGCCUUUCUGGACGAUCAUCCUGCCUAUGAGUGUUCCACAAGCCCUCUGACAGGCUCCCUUUCCCCAAGUCGCCGCAGCCCUCGGCUGCUUUCUAAUGGUUAUUACGUUUUGACAGAAGACAGUUUUCUGUCUGAUGAAGAGGGCAACGUAACACUGACACCAGCCCACACAAGAGUUACAUAUAAAGAGAAUUUAAUUCGUGUAUUCAGGCGAAGGAAGAAAAUCCGUCGCUCUCUUGACAGCUUGUUCAACCUCAGUGCCUCCAGCUCAUGGCUCAGCUCCACCAUUCCCAGCAAUAUGGAUUCCUCCCAUGUAGAUGAUCCUUGGCCUGAUGGAUGCAGUAAACUAGAAGCCAGUCACAGCGAUAUUGGUGAUUCAGACUUUUCUUAUGGAUAUAAUAACCAUGUGUCACAAAGGCAAAUUCCAGCACAUAAUGGAGCAUCUCUCACCAAAGAUGAUGAGUUUCUUCAGUCUGAGAAACCAUUUAGUGCUUCAAAACCCCUCUCACCAUUUAUGAUAAAUGCAAAUGAAGAAACCUUGAGCAAUGGAGAAUCCAGGACAGUGCAAAAUGUCGUUUCUCAGAUGGUUGCAUUGAUCAUGUGUUUAAUCAUUUCAAUAUGUACAAGAUAUUUUCUGGGAGGAUUGCCUGCCACUUUAUUGCUGAUAACUUUAGUUUGUCUUUUGUCUCAAGAUGCUGCUGUGUCAUCUUUCUUCAGUCUUGACACUUCUUUCAAAACCACAAAGUUUUGGUAAGUGGCUCCAGUGUCAUGUGGUGAAUAGGGGAAUUUAGAAGUUUUAUAUUAAGAAGAGGAAGGAGAGAUUCCUGCUGUUGUUUUCAUGUCAGAAGAGAGAAGACAAGGUCUGAAGUUACUGUUGGAGUAUUUGGCUUUUCCUGUUACUGAUUUGUAUUCAUAGAAACUUUCUGUUUAUUUUGAAAACUUGCCUUUUCAUAAUGUGCAACAAAUUUUGUAGCACCUAUUUGUUUGCAGAAAAGGAAGAUAAACCUAAUAUGUCAUAACACAGACAGAGACAGACCAAGAAGAGUAACUUACGAAUCCAGAGAUGUGCUGUCAAGCCUUGCACUGAAGUCCUUGCACUCUCAGGCCACCAAACAGAGCCUUUUUUUUUUUAACUGGGAAAAAGUAAAACCAGCUAAUUAUGAUGCCAGCCCCAUCACCACCUUCCAGGGACUACAGAAUUGACAUAAGUUGGGCUCACUAACCCAAUGCACCAUUAGAUUCAGGAGAGCUUUUCCUUUGGCUGAUACUGCAAUCCGAAAAAUGUCUUAGAAAGAAUUUAAUCAGUCCGAUCAGUUGAAUAAAGGCACAGGUGUUGCUGUUUCA